AUGGAUUCAUUCGAAAACUUUCAGUACGACUCCGCGUCGUCUUAUGGCGGCAUCGGCAUUGUGGACGAUACUUCUUCGAUCUACACCGCUAAUACGAACAGCCAGAGCCACGUUCCGGUGGACCUCGAGAGUCUCUCGAUCACAGACGACCGCUCACUCGUAUCGUCCCCGAAUGGAAACGGGCGCGGAACUCAUAGCCAUGGGUCUGUCCGGAAUAGUUUGGACGAGGAUUUUGACGCGGUCCUAGACGACUUGAAAGACGAGAGCCAGGUGGAUUUGCCCCCGCAUGCAUGCAGCUACUGUGGCAUACAUUCCCCUGCCUCAGUUGUGAGAUGCCUUAUCUGCUCCAAGUGGUUCUGCAACUCCCGCGGCAACACCUCGGCGUCGCAUAUCGUGAACCACCUCGUGCGCGCUAAGCACAAGGAGGUCAUCUUGCAUGCCGAGUCUCCUCUGGGAGAGACUAUUCCCGAGUGCUACAACUGUGGCAGCAAGAACGUUUUCACGCUGGGUUUCAUCCCGGCCAAGAGCGACACGGUCGUCGUACUCCUCUGCCGCCAACCGUGUGCUGCCAUAUCCAAGGACAUCUCGUGGAAUGCCUCGUUGUGGGCCCCGUUGAUUGACGACCGGUCCUUUUUGUCAUGGCUGGUCAAGCCCCCGAGCGAAGCCGAGCAACUGAGGUCCCGUCAGAUCUCUUUCCAGCAGAUUAACCGCCUCGAGGAUCUCUGGCGCGACAAUGCGAAUGCCACCUUAGAAGAUUUAGAGAAACCCGGAGCCGAUGACGAACCUCAGUCGAUCCUUGUGCGGUAUGAGGAUGCUUACCAGUACCAGAACAUCUUCGGCCCCCUUGUGAAAAUUGAAGCUGAUUAUGAUAAGAAAUUGAAAGAGUCCCAGACACAGACGGACAUCACCGUGCGGUGGGACCUUGGUCUCAACCAGAAGCGAGUCGCGUGGUUCUCUUUACCCAAACUUGAGAGCGGCGAGGUUCGCCUGGCAGUGGGUGACGAGCUCAGGCUGAAAUAUUCCGGUCAAUUGCACAAGCCCUGGGAAGGCGAUGGUCAUGUCAUCAAGGUCCCAAACAACGUCUCCGACGAAAUUGGUCUGGAGCUUAGAAGGUCCGAGGGCGUCCCCUUGGAGAUCACCCACAACUUCACGGCGGACUUUGUGUGGAAGUCGACUAGCUUCGACAGGAUGCAGCUUGCAAUGAAAACCUUCGCAGUUGACGAGAAGAGCGUCAGCGGGUACAUCUACCACAAGCUUUUGGGUCAUGAAUUAGAACCGCAGGUUCUUCGGACUCAGAUGCCCAAGCGUUUUUCUGCUCCUGGACUCCCAGAGCUCAAUCAUUCGCAGAUGUAUGCUGUAAAAAGCGUUCUGCAGAAGCCUAUCAGCUUGAUCCAAGGUCCACCUGGUACCGGCAAGACGGUCACAUCGGCCUCAAUUGUCUAUCAUCUAGCCAAAAUGAAUCCGGGUCAGGUUCUUGUCUGCGCUCCAUCCAACGUCGCCGUGGAUCAGCUCACGGAGAAGAUACACGCCACUGGACUCAAAGUUGUCCGCCUGACCGCUAAAUCACGCGAGGCGCUCGACUCGUCCGUGUCCUUCCUGACGCUGCAUCAGCAAGUUGCCAACAACACUACUCAUGUGGAGCUCCAGAAGCUUAUCCAACUCAAGAACGAACAGGGAGAGCUGAGCUCUAACGACGAGAGGAAGUACAAGACGCUUAUCCGGCAGUGCGAAAAGGAGAUUCUCAGUGCAGCCGAUGUCAUCUGUUGUACCUGUGUCGGUGCUGGUGAUCCCCGUUUGAGCAAGCUCAAGUUCAGAACUGUUCUCAUCGACGAGGCGACUCAGUCCGCCGAACCAGAGUGUAUGAUUCCAGUGGUGCUCGGGUGCAAACAAGUCGUACUUGUCGGAGACCAUCAGCAACUCGGUCCCGUCAUCAUGAACAAGAAGGCUGCGCGUGCCGGACUGACACAGUCUCUUUUCGAGCGUCUCGUGGUCUUGGGCAACCGCCCAAUUCGUUUGCAGGUCCAGUAUCGCAUGCACCCGUGUUUGUCCGAAUUCCCAUCCAACAUGUUCUACGAGGGAACUUUGCAGAACGGUGUUACAGCUCCUGAGCGAUUGCGCAAGAACGUCGACUUCCCAUGGCCUGUCCCUGAUACUCCCAUGUUCUUCUAUCAGAACCUGGGCCAGGAAGAAAUUUCAUCUAGCGGGACGUCCUUCCUGAACCGAACUGAAGCAUCUAAUGUUGAAAAGAUCGUCACUAAAUUCUUCAAGUCUGGUGUUGUUCCCAGUCAGAUUGGCGUCGUCACUCCUUACGAAGGUCAACGGUCGUAUAUCGUCAAUUAUAUGCAGUUCAAUGGCUCGUUGAAGAAGGACCUCUACAAGGAGAUUGAAGUGGCUAGCGUCGAUGCCUUUCAAGGUCGCGAGAAGGAUUACAUCAUUCUCAGCUGUGUGCGGAGUAAUGAACACCAGGGUAUCGGUUUCUUGAACGAUCCCAGGCGGUUGAACGUGGCCCUUACUCGUGCGAAGUACGGCGUUGUCAUCCUUGGCAAUCCGAAGGUUCUGAGCAAGCAUCCUCUUUGGCACUACCUACUAACCCAUUACAAGGAGAAGAAUUGUCUUGUGGAAGGCCCCCUGAAUAAUCUGCAACCCAGUAUGAUUCAAUUUAGCAAACCAAGGCGUACUCUGGUCAAGGCGAUGGACGAGUACCGGAGGCACGAGACCAAUGCGCGCGACUUUUUUGGAGGCGGGAUGAUGGGUGAUGGUCGCCGAUCCGGCACACCCAGCCGCUUCGAUGCCAGUUUCUACCGCACUCAUGAUGCGCUGGGUUACAUUCCCUCAGAUGUUCAAUCCUUACGCUCGCAGGCCACCUACUCGUCGGGCUUGCCGACGUACGCUCCCAGUGGACCAUUUGGAUCGGGCAUGCAGCGGCCCAAUGGCGCGAAGCGCAGCACCUAUGGGAGCUAUGCUAGUUCUAUUAUAUCUCAAGACAUUGGUCCCAGUGGUACCGACAGUUCGAGCAUUAUAGGGAGCGCAGUUGGACCCUCCGAUCGACCUAUCGGCAGCAUGGGCUACUCACAGUCAGACAGAUUACGGCGCCGGACUUCGUUUGGGUCUAUCGCGGGAGCAUCCGACAUGGGUUUAUCGCAAUACGAUUACAAGAGUCAGGACGACACCGAUUUGGACGACAUGAAGUCGCAGUACGCCGGCACCCAGUCUGGUCUCACCGUUUUCUAG